AUGUUGAAGAAGCUAUUAACACAGUUUUGGAACUCACCAGUAGGACCAAAAACUACUCACUUCUGGGGACCCUUUGCCAAUUGGGGAAUUGUGAUUGCUGCAAUUAUGGAUUAUGAUAGACCUCCGGAAAAGGUAUCGGGCCCAAUGACGUUUGCACUAUGUUGCUACAGUGGAAUAUUCAUGAGAUUUGCAUGGGUGGUAAAGCCAAGGAAUUUACUCAUGCUUUCAAUGCAUGUGGCCAAUGAGGGAGUUCAAGUGUAUCACCUUACUCGGAAAAUUAGAUAUGAAAUGAAAAAGAAGAAUCAGUUGCCACUUCCAGACUCUUCCGACCCUAUAGCUAACGAAAAGUAA